GAUAAAAAAAAAAAAACAGAAAAAUAAUAAUAAUUUAUGCAAUUUUAGAGACUAUUUUUUGCUAAUAAAUUUAUUGCAAAUUUAAAUUGCAAUUUGGUUUAAUUGUACUUCUGUUGCAAUUUAUUUUUUGAGCAUGACAUUGCGCGAUGCGCUGUAAAAUUAAAAAAAAAAACAAAUAUGACAUCACCUGCGUACAAAAAAAAAAGUACACAAUGAUGAGAAUAACAAACCUGGCUUUUGAUUAAUUCUGACGUUUGUAAAAAAAAAUAUUUAUCAAUAAUUAAACGGCUGUCCUUGUGAAUUGUCAAUAACAGUCAAUAAGCCCUUGAAAAUAAAAAAGAUUGUUUAUUAUUUUAACUUCAUUGACAAUUAAACAAAAUGGGUAAUGUUUUGGAUAUGUGUACAUCAUGUUGCAAGGAUUCUACUACGUAUGAGGAUUUAACACCUGAUGCUGAAACUAGAAGACAGCAACAAGUAGCAGCUGCUGAAAAACGUAGACAAGAACAAGAAUCUCGUGGAAUUGGAAAUGUCAAUAUGGUCAAACGACAACAACAACAAGCUGAAGAACGUGAAAAACGUGAACAAGAAAUGGGAAAUGUUGAGCCUGGACUCAAGUGGCAAGUCAGUUAAAUUUUGAUCAAUUAAAAUAUCCAAGAAGAUCAUCAUGGAGGUGAGUCAAAACAUCGUCAUAAUUCCAAUCGAUACUUUAAUCUUUGAGAUUGUUAUCAAACUUAUACAUCACUGUCAACAAGCUUAUUAAAUUAUUUCAAGUGUUUAUUUAUCUUUUUUUUUUUUAUUUUAAAUACCUCCACAAUUUUCGAAACUUUUUUUUCAUCUUUUAAACAUCUAAAUAUCUUUAAUUCUCGAACAAAUAUUUGAACAAUUUCUAAAAAAAUAUAUGUAUAUUACACUGAUAAUUAUUAUAAAAAUAUUUUUAUAAUAAUUAUUUUUUUAUUUAUUUAAAGAAACCAAGUGUUUUCUAUAAUUGUGUAUUUUUUUUUUUCGAUAAAAAUGAGCAAUUUAUUAAUUUUUUUAGUCAAAUACAUUGUUGUAUAAUAAUUGUUAUAAUUUAUUUGUUAAAAAAUAUAUUUAAAUUUAAUUAUUAAAUAUGUAUAUUAUAAUUUAAAAUUAAUUUUAAUUGUGUGCAGUAAUUAGCACAUCACAAUAUUUUUACCAAUAAAUCAAACUAUGUUUUACGAUUUUUAAUAUUUAAAAAACUACAUUUAUUAUUACAUGAAAUUUAGAUUUAAAUUAUCAACAAAAUAUCUAUGUAUAAUUAAAUUUAUAUACAAUUAAUGACAAGGUAUUAUUCCAUCAAGUUAAAAAUUAUUUUAAACAAUACAAAAUUAUGAAUAAAUUAUGAGUAAUUAUUACAAAAAAAAAAAAUAAUAAUGACACUCCCAUAACCAUUUUAAUUAGCCCCCAAUGUC